AGGGACGCAGAGGCUCGUCUAGUGAAUGAAAGCCUCACGCGGUCAGUCUCUCACAGGAGAUCUUCGUCUGGAGCAUAACGGGACUUUCACGUCUUCGGCUUGCUGAACAGGAUCCGUGGAGGGCAGGAUGGAAAACACGUGUGAGGUGUGGAAACCGGCACAGUAGAGCGUAGAGACGGCUCAGAGUGCGGCCGAUGCCCCGAAACACGCUGACCCUCAACCCUGCGAUGCCCACCGAGCUGCUUAAAGACACCAUGACGAUCCCCGGAGCUCCAGAGCGAAUCCUGCAAGAGAAAACCAACAACAACGAGCCCCCUCUACCGCAGCCGCUGGCCGUCACCAUCCCGCUGGUCAACGAGGGGCAGCUGACGGCGGCCACCGGCGGAGCAGAGCUGUCCUGCUACCGCUGCACCGUGCCCUUCGGGGUGGUGGUCCUGAUCGCGGGGAUCGUGGUGACGGCCGUCGCGUACAGCUUCAACUCCCACGGCUCCACCAUAUCGUAUUUUGGACUGGUGCUGCUCUCGGCCGGGCUGGUGCUGCUCGCCCUGAGCGCCGUCUGCUGGAAGGUGCGGAUGGAGAGAAAGAAAGAGAGGAGACGAGAGAGUCAGACGGCACUGGUGGCCCAUCAGAGGAGCAUCUUCGCCUGAUUCGACACAAGCACCAACUCAGAAACCUUCACGACGAACAAGUCAACGCGACACCCAGAUGUUUCGCCUCAGGUCGGACCACAGACUGCAAAAAAAACUAUUUCUGCCUCCUUCCGGUGUAUUAAAGAGAAGCCAGAACAGAAAUUGUCCUUCUACAGAGACAAGAGGGUCUGAAUCACUUGGAUCACAUGUGCCUUAAUAGCCAAUCUCGUUACAGCUUUGACGCCACUGAAUUUCUAAACGUUGUGCGAGUUGUGCGACACUUAAGCAACGUUUGCGGAUCCCACAGGAAUGAACGAGAAGGGCUCUAAACGUAUUUCCAAUCGCAAAGUCAUUGACUUCUUUUAUAAAAGAGCAUUUUAAAAAUGUAAAAAUGAGUAGUGAAGCCUCUCCUCCAUUGACAUCCGUCUGAAAUGGAAAAUGGAAACUGUUAUUGGGAAAAAAUGCAAUUCGAUUUUUUUAUGUCAUUACCAAUAAUGAUUGAGAAAUGUGUAAGUCAAAGCGUCAUGUUUGGGACAAUGUCCAAAUAAUUCGCUUUAAGGGGUAAUGACACCCCAUUUUAAUGUCAUUAAAUUAAAUUAAAACUAAAAAUCAAAAUGCUUCAGAAUGGAAAGACAGACACCAUCUUUGAUUGGCUGGAUUUUGCUCACGUUCCAUCGGUUCACAUAAAAGGGCGGGGUUUAUGACGUAUAUUGCAGCCAGCCCCAAGGGUGCUAGAGAUAAAAAGAUCGGCACUGAUGACCCACCAGAGGGCAUCUUCUCCUGAUUCGACAAAAGCAAGAACUCUUCAUGACAAAGGAAUGACAAACGAAUCAAAGCAUCAAAAGUGGUUGCCUAGGGUUUGGACAAUAGACUGUGAAAAAUGCAGGUCUUUUUCUCAAAGCCGCGGUAUCAAAAACCCCCUCCUGAAUUGCAACAGAUGCAGUCACAAGUUUACAGUCGUGAUACCACACCCCAUUUUUUUAGCAUCAACAAACUACAUAAGAAUAAUGAACGAACGGACACUUGAAGAUACAUUGGAGUGAUAAGAACUACCUGAAAUGAUGGGAGCGACAUAUUUUGAUAGUAAAUAGAUUUUUUAGUUCGGAUCACAUGGCACUGGUUUACAUUGAGAGGGCGGGGUUUAUGAUUUAUACUGCAGCCGGCCAGCAGGGGGCGGUCGACAUGUUUUGGCCUUACUUUUCAAGACGUGUUUGGCACAUUUGGGUCAGACAAACUGAAGGCUGUCAGAGAAAUCGGAAUGACGGUAUUCCACGAACGACUCUCACGACGAGAGUUUGGGACAAUUAAUCGAGACGGACUCAGCUGCAUGUGUCCAGAUGUUGAGACACAGCUGCAAUAUAAAAAAAAUCAUCUGCUUAAAGUUCCAAU